AUGGAUAAUAAUUUCAGGUUUGCAUUAGACCCUUGUUCUGAGAAGCUGGGUUCACUCAUGUUUUCAGUAGGAAAAAACUUUGCCAUCUUCAUGGGGAUGGUAGUUAUUUGCAAUGGCGUACAUUACCUACUAAGGCCGUAUUCACAACCACGCAUUGCUUCUGACAUACUUGUAGGACUAAUUGUGGGGAACAUAGGCUUUCUACGUAAUGAAUAUGAACAAUUCAACAAGACCUUUGGAUUCAUCAUAGAUAUUGGAAUGAUGUGUUACAUGUUUGCUUUAGGGAUUGAAAUGGAUCCUUUUGUGCUCAUCAAGAAACCCACAAGAGAUGCUCAAGUUACUUAUGCAGGGAUAAUUUCUACAUUCAUCAUAGCAUGUGUUACAACUUCGUUUCUUCACUAUUUUCCAAGCCAGCACAAGAUAGGAUUCACCCUUUCUUUCUCUACGCUUCUUUCCAGUACGGCCUCACCGGUGUUGACCCGUUUGCUGACUAGCCUCAAGAUAGGCAAAUCUGAUAUAGGAAAGCUUGUCAUUGCAGCAGGGAUGCACUCAGAUUUCAUAUGCUCUUUGCUCAUCUCAAUUGGCUACAUUGCUGUACCAAUGCACAAUUACUGCCUUAACUUGAAUGAAAAGAAUCACAUCAGAAGGAUCAUUGCCACAAGUUGUGCACUUUUAGUGCAGGUACUUUUCACGUCCUUUGUCUCACCCUGGUUUAUGAACUGGGUUAAUAAUGAAAACCCAGAAGGGAAACCCAUGAAGGGUUCACAUUUGGUACUUGCUAUAGCCUUCAUGGUCUUAAUAUGUGCCAUAUCUCCCCCUUAUGGUUACAAUGCAAUUCUAAGUGCAUUCAUGGCUGGGAUAUGUUUGCCUAGAGAAGGAAGAGUUUCCAAAUGGGUUAUCAGCAAAAUCAACUAUUUGUUGACCACUAUUUUCUUUCCCAUAUUUUUCCUGUGGAUGGGAUAUGCAGCGGAUAUAAGAAAGUUUGAGCCUGGAAAAUUAGAAACAUGGGCAAGACUAUUUUUACUAGUUGGGACAGUUAUAGUUAGUAAAGUUGCAGGAAUACUUCUUUUGGGGGUAAUAAUGGGAUUCAAUUGGCAUGAUUCAGUUGCAAUCGGGUUGCUUCUCACCAUCAAGGGCCAUUUUCAUAUCUAUUUGGCCAUCAAAGCAAUGCAAUGCGGAAUCAGUAUAUCCACCGGCAUAGUGAUGAUAGUUGUUAUAUUCCUCACAAUUUUGCCUUCCCCAACAGUUGUGGCACAAAUAAUCAAACGGGCAAAGAAAAGAGCACCUACCCAUAAAAUGGCCCUUCAAUUGCUUGAUCCAAUGAGGGAAUUAAGGAUACUUUUGUGCGUCCAUGGACCCCAACAUGCUCGAUCAGCGAUUAACUUGAUGGAGAUCACAAGAGGGACAACAGAUCCUGGAAUCCUCGUAUACGUCACAGACAUGAUAGAACUCACAGAGGGAAUCGCAGCUACAAUAGAGGAAGUUCAAGGAGCAGACACCUUGAUUGUGAAGGACAAAGGUGUGGUAGAAAUGAGAGACAGGGUGACAUCAUUGUUCAAUGCCUAUGUAGAAGAAGAUGGUGAUGGGGUAACGCUUAGAAGAACCUUGGCUCUCUCAACUUUCAACAAUAUGGCCCAAGAUAUCGCCAAUUUAGCAGAGGACCUGAUGAUUUCCCUCAUCAUAAUACCAUUUCAUAGGAAUCAGCGUGAAAAUGGAACAUUGGAUCCAGGCAAUCCAGGGUUCAGAUAUGUGAACAAAAAGUUAUUGUCAAAUGCUCCAUGUUCUGUGGGGAUUCUAGUGGAUAGAGGCAUUGGAUCCAUUGAAAAGAUCUCAAAAUCUAGCGUAUCAGUAUAUGUGGCAGUCAUCUUUGUUGGGGGACAAGAUGAUAGAGAAGCUCUUGCCUAUGCUACCAGAAUAUCAAAGCAUCCAGGAGUAAAACUCACAGUGAUAAGGUUUCUGGUGGAUACUGGUUCAGAUGUCUUGAUAUAUGCAGGUCAUAAGAUCCCUUCAGUGAAGGAGGAGGAGGAAAUGCGACUAGAUGAUGAAUACUUCGCCCAAUUCUAUGAAAGACAAGUCGUUGGUGGGCGGAUUUCAUACAUGGAGAAGCAUCUUGCAAACUCAGCAGAGACCUUCUCUACGUUAAGGUCAUUUGAAGGGCAAUAUUCACUUGUGAUUGUAGGAAAAGGAGGAGGAGUGAACUCUGUAUUAACAAAAGGGAUGAAUGAUUGGCAACAAUGCCCAGAAUUGGGCCCAAUUGGGGAUGUUCUUUCUGGACCAGAAUUCUCAACAAACAUCUCUGUGUUGAUAAUCCAACAACACAAACUUAGAGGGGAAAUAGAAGGGCUUGAUGAAGACUUUUCUAUAAUGCAGUAG